UUUGGACUUCGGCGCUAACCAGUCCCCUGUUGUUUCUUGAAAACGUUUCAUCUGGCAGAAUAGGCUUUCCUCCGGAUGAAGAGAAUCAAUUGUGUUUGUGACUGUUUGUGCCCUAAGCACACAGUGGACGGACACCACCUUGGUCCAAGCACACGGCACCAAUGCUGCAGGCCCCAACCGCGCGCUUGGUUCCAGACCCCCUCUUCGUCCAAUGACAGCUUUACAACAAUAAAGUGUUGGCCCCCAAAUUAGUUCUUUGACCUGCUGUUUGCUUCCCGCUGCUCAGGCCCUUUUCGUCCCCGUCGUGCGUUAUCUGUGUAACUUGCCAGGUCCAUCACAUAAAGGCGCUCUCUGUCCCUCGUCCGUGACGAUGUGGUAAACACAAAUCAAUCUUUUCUCUUCUUUCGGUAUCAUUUUGUCUAUUGCUGCUGUGCAGCUAGUCUCUCCUUUACUUCAACUUUUCUCUUCCUCCAUUCCUUUGCUGCGUCUAUUGCAUAGACCAGCCCUUUUACCCCAACACUAGAAACCCAAGCAUUGGCCAUCUUGCCUCUUUCUAUUGUAUUCUUUUUUCUUUCAUUUUUUUUUUUAGCUCGCAAACAUCAUCAUGCGUUUCUCCACUACAGUUUUCAUGGUGGGCGGCAUUCUUGCCAACUUGAGCUACUCUUCUCCCUGUGCACCAGCCCCCAAGCCUGAUGCCGUUGCUCAAAACCAGGUUUCGAACCCAGCUACUACCACCAACGCUGGAUUCCCAAUCGUCAACAUCGACAAAGCUUCUACCCAAUCUCAAAAUGGACAAAACAAGCCUAAGGGCAAACAAGGAGGUGAAGGGGACGAGGACGAGGACGAGGACGAGGACGAUGAUGAUGACGAUGAUGACGAUGAUGACGAUGAUGACGAUGAUGACGAUGACGAUGAUGAUACUGUAACUACCUCAAAGAGUCAACAGCAAUCUCAUCAUACUAAAACUCAUCAUUCUGGUCAUUCCAAGCCAACAGGCUCUCAUCACCAUACCGCUUCGUCACACAAGCAUACGCCUACAUCCAAAGCAAAGUCACCUGAGGCCACUUCGCAGCAGACUUCCGAGGAAUCCCCAGCAUCAACACAACAAUCUUCUGCUCCAACUGAGCUACCCGCAUCCAACUCGAUCCAGCCAACCGGUAACUUGCCCAACUCCCAGAACCCUGUCAACACCGUUGCUACCACGGGGUCCAGCGCUGCUCAACCGACAAUCUCCACCGUUGCCAACACCUCGGACUCUAUUGAGACGACCAAGCCAACCGCUACUGCUGUGGCGCAACCGUCAAGCAGCACCACUGCCAAGCCAACCACUCCAGCGACUGGAUCUGACGGACAGGUUUGGAAGCCAAAGGUUGGCCAAACAUGGCAAAUCAUUCUGCGUAAUACUAUUGACAGCCAGGUCACUAGCUUCACACCUGAUGUUGAGAUCUGGGACCUUGAUGUCAAUGAGCAGUCUGCUGAGGCAAUCGAAAAACUACAUGCCGCUGGAAAGAAGGUCAUCUGCUACUUCAGCGCCGGCUCAUGGGAGAACUGGCGCGCUGACAAGGACAAGUUUGAUGCCUCUGACCUAGGUAAUGUGAUGGAAGGAUGGCCCGAUGAGAAGUGGCUCAAGACUGACAGCGCCAAUGUCCGAGCCAUCAUGUCCACUCGUAUCGCACUUGCAGCUUCCAAGAAAUGCGAUGCUAUUGAUCCCGACAACGUUGACGGCUUCGCCAACGCUGACAAUGGCGCCGGUUUGACCAAGGCAGGAGCCAUCGACUACAUCAAGUUCCUCUCCAAGGAAGCCAGGUCUCACAACAUGGGCAUUGGCCUGAAGAAUGCGGGCGAGAUCAUCGACGAUGUUCUCGAUGUCGUUGAUUUCUCCGUCAAUGAACAGUGCGCUCAAUAUGGCGAGUGUGGGACAUUCGCCAAGUUCAUCAAGGCCGGAAAGCCCGUUUUCCAGAUUGAAUACCCCAACGAGAACAAGAAGAAGCGCGAGGCGAUGAGCUCAGCUGCGGAAAAGACUUGCCACUCUAUGGAGUCGUCCAACCUUUGGGGAUUCAGCACCGUCAUUAAGAAUCUCAGCCUUGAUGGGUGGGUUCAGUACUGUGAUGGUAGCACCUUUUCCACCAAGAUUUCUAAGUGAGCGCUUGACAGCUAACUCACCAACACCCUGGCGCUCGACUCUGCGCGGCACCACGCUCCUUUUCAUUCUUCACACUCGUUUAUGACCCUUUUAUGAUGCGUUUCUUUUUACUUCAUUCACUCAACAUCUCAAUUCAGAGAUUUUGUAUUUACAGUUCUGUUGUUUUUGUAUUUAUAAAACCUUUUAGAUAGACCAAGCCUUAGGCUCACCACUGCGGCGAGUCUGUUCAAUAUAGCAGUUGGCUUUCAUGCCAGACAGAUUGAAUAAACAAGACGGAUUUAUACUCGCUGUCA